GCUUACACCAAGACGCCUCGUUCGUCGGCGUGCGUUGAGCUUGGAUUCUUUCUGGUGUAAAGCAACGUGCCUUUACGAUUUUUUUUGUUCCUCUGAUCGCAUAGACUGUUAUAUCGAGGGCAUACACGGAGGCCUUCCAUUCGAGACAAAAUAAGCACACGCCUGCAAAAAAUGACGGUGUCCUACAACAUUUGGAAAAUCCAGCGGAUGAAACACAUGGGAUAGAGGAGGAGAGCCCACUGAGGCACGUUCAGAUGCUGACGGCUCGACGCGACACCGGCGGUGGCUUCUCUCGUUUUCUAAGAUGGCAGAGACGGAUAUUAAAGCGGUCACACAGAUGGAUGCUUGGGUUCGCAUGAGUUCCAACAUGAAGAGCAUGGAGCAGGAGCUGCACUGCCCCGUGUGCAAGGAGAUCGUCAAGCAGCCCGUGGUGCUCCCCUGCCAGCACAGCGUCUGCCUGAUGUGUGCCUCCGAGGUGCUGGUGGCCAGCGGCUACCCGCCCCCGGAGCUCCCCCCGGAGCCCAACUCCCCCGCCACCACGCCCAACACCCGCUCGCCCCGCCAGGCCCGCAGACCCCUGCCCAAGGCCGAGCUGCGGCCCAUCGACAGGCUGCUCCGGGCAGGAGUUGGAACGUAUCCCGGGCGCAGGCGUAAAGAGGGCCCUCCCCUGGUCAUGAUGUUCCCCUGCGUCCCCUGUGGGAAAGACGUGGAGCUGGGGGAGAAGGGACUGGCAGACUGCCUCCGCAACCUGACUCUGGAACGCAUCGUGGAGAGGUACAGACACACAGUGAACCUGGGCAGCGUGGCGGUGAUGUGCCAGUUCUGCAAACCGCCCCAGUCUCUGGAGGCGACCAAGGGCUGUGCGGACUGCAGAGCCAGCUUCUGCAAUGAGUGUUUUAAGCUGUACCACCCGUGGGGGACGCCCCGCGCCCAGCACGAACACGUCCAGCCCACGCUCAACUUCAGACCCAAGGUACUGACCUGCCCGGAGCACGACCAGGAGAAGCUGCAGUUCUACUGUCGCUCCUGCCAGCGUCUGCUCUGCUCGCUGUGCAAGCUGCGGCGUGUCCACGCGGGCCACAAAGUUCUGCCCGUGGCCCAUGCAUACCAGGCACUCAAGGAGAAGAUCACCAAGGAGAUGAACUAUAUUCUGUCCAAUCAGGAGACAGUUCUUACUCAGAUAACCCAGCUAGAGAGUGCCAUCACUCAGACAGAGGUGAACAGCGUGUCCGCCAGGGAGCAGUUGGCCCAGAGCAUCCGGGACCUGACUGCGUCGCUGGCCGAGCGCCACUCCUCCCUGACGGCGUCCCUGGAGGGGACGCGGCAGCGGCGGGGGGAGGCGCUGGCGGGCCAGGUGACAGAGAGGCGGAGCCUGAUGGAGCACGCUGGCCUCAUGGCCUUCACCCAAGAGAUGCUGAAGGAGACGGACCCGCCCAGCUUCGUGCAGGCCGCUCGGCAAACUCACAACAGAUUGAGCAAAGCCAUCGAGAACCUCCAGUGCUUCCAGCUGGCCGCCGACCCGUCCUUCAGACACUUCCAGUUGGACGUCUCCAAAGAACUGAAACUCCUCACCGAGCUGCACUUCAUACAAGCUCCUCUGGCCCCUGUCAUCGACACCCAGCGCACCCUGGCCUACGACCAGCUCUUCCUGUGCUGGCGGCUGCCCCAGGAGUCCACCCCGGCCUGGCACUACUCGGUGGAGUACCGCCGCCGGGGGGUGGUGCCCGGGGGCGGCUCCCGGGGCGGCUUCCGCGGCGGGCUGGCGGCGGCGCGCUGGGGCUGGCAGCGGCAGGACGAGGUGGGCAGCGCCAGCGCGGUGGUCGACCGGCUGGAGAUGGACAGCGUGUACGUGCUGCGCGUGCGCGGCUGCAACAAGGCGGGCUACGGCGAGUACAGCGAGGAGGUGUACCUGCACACCCCGCCCGCGCCAGUGCUGAACUUCUACCUGGACUCCCGCUGGGGUCUCCAUGCCGACCGGCUUGUCGUCAGCAAGGAGCAGCGCUGUGCCCGCAGCGUUCCCGGGCUCUCCCUCCUGCAGGCUGCCGACCUGGCCCUCACGUCCUGCCACCUGACCUCCGACCUGCUGGUGGGGGACGUGGCCAUCACACAGGGCCGACACUACUGGGCGUGCUCCGUGGAGCCAGGGUCCUACCUGGUCAAGGUGGGAGUCGGACUGGAGUCCAAGCUACAGGAGUGGUUCCACCUCCCCCAGGACAUGGCCAGUCCUCGCUACGACCCCGACAGCGGCCAUGACAGCGGAGCAGAGGACGCCCUGGACUCGGCCCCUCCCUUCUGCUUCCUCACCAUGGGCAUGGGCAAGAUCUACCUCCCCCAGAACAGCGGCCACCACCACAGUCACCAUAGCAACAGCGCCCGGGAGCCCGUGGCCAACGGCCCCAGCCCCUCGGCGCCGGCGGGCGUCACCUACCCCCUGCCCCCCCGGCUAGGCGUGUGCCUCGACUUUGAGAAAGGUCGGGUCACCUUCUACGACGCCCACUCCCUGCGGCCUCUGUGGGAGGGGCACGUGGACUGCUCCGGCCCCGUGUGUCCCGCCUUCUGUUUCAUUGGUGGAGGAGCGCUGCAACUGCAGGAGCUGGUGGCCAAUCGCAACGCGGACCCGACGCCCGUCCGACGGGUCACCAUACAACCGCGAGGCACCAAUCUGAAUAGUAACUGACGACGAUUAUGUCGCGGCCGUAUUGGCCCCCUUAAAAAAAAUAUAUAUUUGUGGAGUAUUUACUCAGCUAGAGCGAAGAAACAAACAAACAAAAAAAAGGUAGACAUCUCAGCGAUUUUGUUUUUGUAUUUCAUUUGUAUAUGAGAACCUUUCUAUAGUGACAAAUAUGCAAAUGUAAUUACGUUUCUUACAUUCUUACAUUUUUUGCAGGACCUUAUUGCUUGGGUAGUGGCUGGCACAUUAUAAACUCGCCUCUGUAUCAGUUACGAAUUUGACGCUUGCACUUAUAGCUAUGCGAUAUUGUAUACAUUUAUAGUAAAUAAUGCAUAUAUGUAGAUAGAGCAAAAAAAACUAUCUUAUUUUCUUCACCUCUCGUCCCACUAACUGUAAUUUUGUCCAGAUGACACUCUAAAACACUUGUUUCUCUUAAGCGUCAUCAUUUCAGCCUAAAGCUGUCCCCUGGAAUGUUAUUUUGAUGUUCUACAAUCCUAACCAAAGUCAAAAGGUCUGAUUGUUCUUUGUUAUUUCCAUGUAUUUAUUUAUUUAUUUAACUUAUUUUUUCUGGGCUGUGAAAUGCUUUCGUGAUUGACUAGCGUAGUAGAUUAGAGGUAGAAAGGAACAAUGAGGCAAUACUGUAAUUAGACGGUUAUAUAUGUAAUUAGACCAUUCUAAUUAUACCUCUGCUACAUCGCUAAUCACUGGUUGCUAGCUAAUGGCUCUGUUUACGCAUUUCUAUGUUGCAUUUCCAAAUACAUAAAUUGUCGCGUGUGUGUGAGUAUGAGUUGUUGUGUGCAAGUUUGUGUGUUUUGAGUCGAUGUGUGCACUUAAAGUCUAUACGCACUUAUGUGUGUUUUGUCCAAUGGUAACACAUACUUUGAUUCUCUGGUGGAUGUUUUCACUCAAAAGUUUUUCUGAAUUAUCGGAGGACACUUUUGAUUAGUUUUAACAUGGCUUGAUUGUAAAAUGAGCAGUGCUUCUAAGAAAUGAUUAGCAAAUUUGAUUAUAUCACCUGCUGGCAGAAUGUUUGCAAAACAAAAUAAAUUAAAUAAAAGAACACAGAAUGAUUUUUAAUUUCAAAAGAA